AUGACUGCAUCCAGGAUUGUUUUGAGACACUUCGGAAGGAGUUUACAGGUCACAAGAGGAUUUGCUUCAAAUGCUGCAGCAGAAAAGACCUCCCUCUAUGACUUCCACGUGGCGAAUCAGGGUAAAAUGGUGAAUUUCGGAGGAUUCCUGCUGCCUGUUCAGUAUGGAGAUUUUGGUAUUGCUGCAUCACACAAUCACACGAGGACACAAGCAUCGAUCUUCGAUGUCUCCCACAUGCUUCAGACCUAUGUCAGAGGAACUGCUGCCAUUGAUUGCUUGGAAUCCAUAAGUACAGCAGAUAUUGCAGGCUUACCUCAUGGCUCCUCAACCCUAACAGUCUUCACAAAUACAAAGGGUGGCAUCCUAGAUGACCUAAUCAUCACUCGCCUUUCGGAUUCCGUGCUGUACAUUGUAUCAAAUGCCGGAUGUCGCCAGCAGGACAUGGAACUCAUGUCUGAGGCAGCUGAACGCUUCAGACGUCGCGGGAAGAAUGUCGAUGUGGAAUUUCUGGAGCCGAAAGAUCGUGCUUUGCUAGCUGUCCAGGGACCAGAUGCCGUGAAGUGCCUCCAGGAGGUUUGUGACUAUGACUUGCGCUACCUGCACUUCAUGACAUCCACCAAGGCAGAUGUGGCGGGAAUUGAGAAUUGCCGGGUGACUCGAUGUGGAUACACUGGGGAGGAUGGAGUGGAGAUUUCUAUUCCUGCCGAUCGUGCUGUUCACAUUGCUGAGACACUCCUGGGCAGUCGAGGGAGUUCUGUGAAGAUGGCAGGACUCGGAGCACGAGAUUCACUGAGACUAGAAGCUGGACUUUGUCUCUACGGGAGUGACAUUGACCAGGAAACUACGCCGAUUGAGGCGAAUCUUGCAUGGCUCGUGGCGAAACGACGAAGAACCGAGGGGAACUUCCCAGGAGCUAAGAUUAUCGUGGAUCAGCUGAAAAAUGGUUGCUCAAGACGUCGCAUAGGGAUUCGCUCAAUGGGAGGUCCACCAGCCAGGCACGGCGUUGAAGUCUUCACAAAAGACACAAAGGAGAAGCUUGGAAGCAUCACCAGUGGAUGUCCAAGUCCAACUGCAGGAGGAAAUGUUGCGAUGGGGUAUGUUAAAGAGUCUCACAAAGCCACUGGGACGAAGGUUCAGCUGAAGAUCAGGGAGAAAUUCUUCCCGGCUGAAGUGGCCAAGAUGCCCUUCGUUAAGGCCAAUUACUACACAAAGCCCAAGUAACUGAUUUUCAAGGACUCUCCUGGAAGGCUCUCUGAAGUAAUUUUAUUUUUAUAACUUCAAAUUAUGCGAAUUUUAUGUUUUAUGCUUUAUAAUAAAUUCUACAACUC